AGACGGGGAUUUGUCAUUAGUGUGAGAAUUGUUAGUGAAUUGAAUUAACGAAUUCCUGACCAUGAUAGCUCUCUGAAUAUAUAUGCCGCGAGCCGGUUAAUAUCGAGUGAAUGCCCCCGCUUGGCUAAUGUAACCGCAAAUCGCGUCCGUAUCCGGGCUUAACCUUGCCGGUAACUUUCGGAUUGAUUGCGUGCCAGUCCAGAGACGAUUCGAGUCUGGAAGUCACCACCAUCUGAUGUUGUUUUUUGUUGUUGCUGGUCGCGACAUUAAAUUAUUAUAAUUAGCAUCGAGAGGGAGACAAAACAAACGGAAUAUUAUCAAACCUAGUGGAAAUUUUGCAUAACGCAAAACCAUUAAAAUAAAGGAAAAGUUUCAGAAAGAGAGAGAAGGAGGGACUGAUUGUGGCUAGGGCAUAAUGUCCGUGUCCAUGUACGAGGACGAGGACUUGCUCCAUGCCAAUGUCACUGCUCUGCUGGGACCACAACGCGAUUCCCUGAACAUAGUCAUACCAGUCACUGUGAUCUAUGGACUAAUAUUUUUCACUGGCGUUGUGGGCAACAUUAGCACUUGCAUUGUCAUCAAAAAGAAUCGCUCAAUGCACACGGCUACAAAUUAUUAUCUCUUCUCGUUGGCAAUAUCGGAUUUUAUGCUACUUCUAUCGGGAGUUCCUCAAGAGGUGUGGUUCAUUUGGUCCCAAUAUCCGUAUAUUUUUGGCGAAUACUUUUGCAUUGGACGCGGAUUGCUGGCGGAGACAUCGGCAAAUGCCACAGUAUUAACGAUUACAGCGUUUACUGUGGAACGCUAUGUAGCCAUUUGCCAUCCGUUCUUGGGUCAGGCCAUGAGCAAAUUAAGCCGAGCCAUACGAAUCAUUAUAUUGAUCUGGGUGCUGGCCAUACUCACAGCCAUUCCACAGGCAGCUCAAUUUGGCAUCAUCAGCUAUGCGGGAGUCGACAAAUGUGUGGUGGUUCGUGUCAUAGUCCAACAUUCCUUUCAACUGUCAACGUUUAUCUUCUUUUUUGCACCCAUGUCCAUAAUUCUGGUAUUAUAUAUGCUAAUUGGUCUGCAUUUAUAUCGAGCCAGUUCAAUUGGUAACGAGGCGGAGGGAUCAGUAAGAUCUUUCGAUCGUCGUAGUCAUCAGCCGUUGAAGAAUAUUCAUAGUGAUACAAUUUUAUAUCGCUAUGCGGGAACUGGAGGAGGAGGAGGAGGAGUAGCUGGAACAGGACACCAACUGAGCUCAGUGCGUGGUCGACUAAAUCACUAUGGGACACGCCGGGUUCUAAGGAUGCUGGUUGCCGUCGUUGUGUGUUUCUUUUUGUGCUGGGCUCCAUUUCAUGCCCAAAGGUUGAUUGCCAUUUAUGCACCAGAACGAGGAGCCGAAAGUCAAGAGGAACAUAAGUUCCUUUACACGGUGAUGACUUAUAUAUCGGGAGUGCUCUAUUAUCUAUCCACAUGCAUUAAUCCAUUGCUGUACAAUCUAAUGAGCAAUAAGUUUCGUGAGGCCUUCAAGUCUGUUCUGUUGGGCAAAAAACCAUCGAAAGGAUCGUUAAAUUCACGACGCCAGUUCGAAUCGCGACGAUUGCAACGCACCACAACUCCAAACUCGUCCACACAAACGCAACGCAUCUCAACAAGUGACUCAGCCGAUCAGGCGAAACCUCCUCUAAUACAGACAACUUCUCUGAACAAUGAUCGCUUGCCACAAGGAAAGGCACAACUUGUUUCACAAUUUGCAAUCAUCAAUGCACAAAGUGACUAAAAAACGAAUACUAAUAUUAAUAGUAAUACUAAUUAUAGUUGUUGGGAUUUUCCUUGCUUCACAAUGGACCCAAUGGUUAAUAUACCUAUAUAGAUAUAUUUAUCACU